AUGCGACCAAAAUCAUACAGCUUUAUGGAUAGUAAAGAUGUUAUACUUCAAAAAAAUAUUACUGAACAUGUUGAUGAUUCUAAAAUUAACGAAAUUAAUCCGCUUGAAAAAAUGUCAUCUCUAACAAAUUUAUCUAGCCAUACUAAGGCACGUUCAUUUCUUCGAGAUUUUCGGAAAUUAUUUAUGAAAAAUAAAACUUCAACGGAUGCUACUGCUAAUACUAUUACUACUACUACUACUACUACCAAUGCUACAACUACUUCAACCAAAAUAAAUUACUCACUGGAUAGCAUAGAGAUGGAGAAUGAAAGGGAAGAUUUAAAUGAUUCUGUCACCUCGUUAAGAAAAAAAUCCUCCUCUUGGUCUCAUUGUGAACGUCAGAAAUUUUUCCGAAAAUAUCAUAAACUAGCGGAAUCAAAACUUACGUCAACGCGAGCACAACGUAAUGAUAGAAGAAUGGGAUUUAUAAGUCAAACUGUCACCAAAAAUACCGAACGUGGAAGUACCGUAUACUCAAAGGAAUCACCGGCAGGAAUGCCCUCAAAGCAAUGGCAAUCGGAUCAACGUGAUGCUAUUAAUAGUUUCUACAAAUCAUUAAAAUCAAAAACGAUGAAAAUUGGAAUUAAAAAAAAGCAGACCGAUGAAACGAAUGAUUCCAUAUGGAUCUUACGAAUACAUAAGAAUGAUGAUUCAGGUUUAUAG